UUGUGAAUAGUGAUCAAUGUUAGAUUGAUCUGGGUUAAAGGUCUCUAACCUUACAGACAUACAGUCCACGAACAUUGCAACAGUUUCUGCAUCCAGGGCUCUGAACCUAGUAGCUGGUGCUUCACACACAGGGACAGGACAUGGCAACGUAACAUCACAGAGCAUUGGAGGGUGGUACGAGAACACAGGAGGCAAAGUCACAAGGUUCAUGACAGGGAGACCAAAAGAGAGAACCAGGUCCAGGGUGUGACCCCUGGCAUGAGUUGGGGACGAUACCCAUGGAGUUAAAUUGAACAAAUCUAGCAAAUUCAAAAAGCCUUUAGCAAGCACAUUGUCAGGACAGCAGACAUGGAUGUUAAAAUCACCAAAAAUAGGACAUAGUCAUAUUUUAGGAUGCAGUCUGCCACAAGAUCAUAGAAAUCAUUAAGGAAGUUAGAGUCAGUCUUUGGAGGGCAAUAAAUCAGCACAACGAGCAGGCGGGGGGAGAUACACAGUUCAAAUAGGCACAGCUCAAAGGAAGAAAAUGACAUGGUGGUUGUAAGCUGUUUACAAGGAAAGCUGCAUUUAAAAGCAACAACCAGCCCACCACCUCUGCCCCGUGAUCUGGGGAUAUUAAAACAGGAGCAGCCAGAUGGUACCAGCUCCAGCAGGGUGCUUGAGUCACCAAACGGGAUCCAGGACUCACAGAUCAAUCAAUCAAUCAAUCAAUCAAUCAAUCAAAGCUUUAUUUAUAAAGCGCCUUCCGCAACCCUGUCAGGAAGCCCAAAGCGCUGAACAUUGUACAGUUGUAUGUAAAUAUAUUGAAUAAAUCAACAAUAAAAGAAAUUCAAAUUACAAAAUACAAAUUACAAAAUACAAAAUGGAAAUUACAAGAUAGAUGAAACAUUCUGGUAAAGGACAAAUGUGUGAAACACAUUUGGAUUGAGUGGAUGGAUUGAGUGUACCAAUGAAAACUGUGGAUUGGAUUCAACAUAAAAGAGGGCCAAAAUCAAACAUGUUCUGGAAACGCCAAGCGGAGGAGGUGUGUUUUUAGGUGAUUCUGGCAGAGAAGGGGACAGCCUAACUGAGGGUGGCAACAGAUGCACAGAAAACUCAAGUCAUGUUGAAUUAAAAAAAAUCCAGAAGAAUAAAAGUUUUGUUCUGCACAGACCUGGCAUUGACCAGACCAAACCUGGUCUGCUGCGGGGCCACAGCACCGGGAUCGCGCACGGGCACCAUCUCCUCCAGCUCAGAGCCCGUAACCGAGCUCAGAUUCUCCCAGCAAACCCCACUCUGGCGAGGUCCUCAAGCCGAAAGGCUGUGGCACGGUGCCAGCUCACCCUCAAAGCCGGCCAAGUUCACAAGGCAGAGCGCAGAGUUAUACAUCAGACGUCUCAGAGCCAAAGGGUCACAAGCUGGGCCGAAUCGGACCAGCCGCUUCUUCAGGGAUCCAGGAAGUCCAGCCCGAUGUCUCACGCACAGGCUACCUCGCUUUCCCCGUCUUCUACGAUGCUUCCUUCUCGAGCUGGGGCGGACAGAGGGCCGACACACUAUGGCUGGGGGGAGAGAGCACACGGGCAGUCCAAACAGCAACGCCAUCCGUGAGGUUCCCAGCAUGCAGCGCCCGCUACAUCAACACAUUACUCAUUAAAACUUACUAAUCAUAACAUUGUCAUUUCACAGAUUGGUCAACAUCUUAUUAUUGACUACCACUUAGUUUGAUAAGCUUUAUUAAAAAUAGAGUUCUUUGAUUUAUUAAAAAGAAAGAGUCCUUUGUCUUCAUUCUUCUCUUGGGCUGGAAAGGAAGCAGUUUAGAAGCAAAUGCAUGACCUUGAGGCAGUCUCAUGCAGAUUAGUUCUGUGUCAGAGACAUCUGAGGAGAGAGGGUAAAUAACCUUCGGUGGAAUAGCGCCGUCAUCACGUAACAUACCCCCCUUUUCAAGGGCACGGUGGUCCAUCCAGAGACCACCUGACAUUGAACAAACCAGAGUCUUGAAGGACUUCGACGAUAGAGCAAGGUGCAAUUCCCCAGGAAGAGUGUAGUUUCCCAGGAAGAGGCCAAAAGUGGUGAGGUACGAGCCCCACUCUGAAGAACAGUCUCGCAUAAUCCCUCGGGAAGCACACAAGUCAGCAGAUUAUCAAGAUAUUCCCGUGGAAGUAAUAAUUCGAAGCAGGAGCAAAACUUUAUAUCUCCAUGGGUAGGGAAUACUUCCAAAAUAGCAUAUUGAUCUUUGUAAUUGCACUUAUCGUGAUCCAGUGCAGACAGGUCAGGUCCCAGCGAGCGAAGUAUCCCAGCAACCAUGCCGGAAUCCACGGACGUCCAGGUCCUACGAGCCGGAACACCAAUCAGGAGGAGUAGAAUCCGAUGACGAAUCAUAGGUCCACCCCCAGGAAUCGAGGAUCAUCGACGAAACUCAGCAGAGGAGAGAGGGCACAGCACAGGGCACUUCAAUGUAGACACAACAAAAUGGCAUCCAAUGUAAAUUAACAAACAAAAAGAAACCUAGCACUGUGAGUACCUGCAUGUACUAUGUGUAGUAAUUAUGUGAAUUAGUGUUUUAAGUGAAGAAAUGGAUGCAAUAUACUACGUGUACUGGAAAAAGUGGUGCAAAAAGAAUAAAAUUAAUAAAACCCUAUACUGCGUAUGGGAAAAAUCACUGCACUAAGUAAAAAUGUUAUCAAACUGAAGGACAAAAAUGGUUGUAAUCCAUAAUGUUAAAUUAACAAAGUUAAUCAUAAAGUUUUCAAAACUUAAUCAAUGUAGUAAAAUUCUAUAAAAAGAUAGAAAUAUGAGUAUCAAAGAGCACUAAAAAUGUAAAUCAGUGAAGUUAGUAAUCAACCUACAUGCAAAUGUACCUAUAAGGAAUUAAGAUUAGUGAAAAUAAAAACAAAUUUGGAUAACAGUAAUAUGUGGACUAAACCCAUCCACUGUUAACUAACAUUACCUGACUUCAGGAACCCACAGCAUGACCAUCUCAAAUCACCCAAGUCUGCACGUCAUGUAUAAACAGGAAAGACAGCCAUGCACACACACAAACAUAGAACAACUUGUGUAACUCGAGAUAGAGAACUAUGGAGCGAUGAGUCUGGCAACUGGAAUGACUCCACCUUCAAAGUUCUAGCUGAAGGUGCAGGAGGUGCAGGUGGAGGAGCAGGACCGGCCAGCUCAGGAUGAGGCACCUGGGCAGCCGGUGCUUCACGAACCGGUGCAAUGGCCCGAGAUAGGCGCCACCCGACGCUGCGGACCGAGUCCCCUUGAAAGGUCAACCGUGCGGAGAAGUCAUGGAACAGGAAAAAUGACAAACCCCAUGACAGGCAGAGGUUUAGGCAUGCAGUGAAUAUCACGACAGAAUCAGCGGAGGACCAGGAGUAAGACACUGGUUGAAACCUGAGACCAGAAUCUGCCGACAACUCAUGCAGCACCCUGUUCACCACACCAACCCGAACCAUGGUUGGACCAUCGAAUGUAACACGAUCCACCGAAGCUGGAGAAAGAGCAAAGGAGAUGUUAUCAAAAAAAGGAGAAAACUCCACUUUAGACUUAUGCUCACCAGGAUCCAAGUAAUAUAGAGAGACCUCACCCACAUGGACCGUAGUUUCACGUGGAACUGUUACCCAUAGGGUUUGAGAGGGAAGCAAAACUCGUGUGGACACACCAUGACGCUCAUAGAAAACAUAAGCUUCUCUAGCAGGGGUAUUAAGUAACCAACGGUCACCAACAACAGCAGUAGUAUGAACAACAUGUGAACGCGGACUCACAGUCAUAGGCUGUUUUUCAGACGUGCCCAGCUAUCUCAGGGCACGCCGCUGCUGCAGUACCUGCUUACGCAGAGCCGGAUAUUCUCUGUUAAGUUCAUCAACGUGUCAACGAACUGUGUUAAUCUCAAUCGAGUUGACUGAAGAGAAUCCGAAAUUUAAAAGAUUGCCAAUUGUGUUAGCAACUGAGAAAAAUCCAUCCAGAAUGAGCUACAGUGUAGUCACAGCUUCCCUGAGGUGCAAUGAGAGGCGGCAGCAUUUUCUGGUCAGAGUUGGGAUCGAUUCUUCAACCUUUCGAUUACCGCACAAGCCGCUCCACUUCCUGAGCUAAUGCUGUCCCAUUCAGCACAUGAUUUCACUCAUUAAAUCUUCACGUUCUUUAAUAAGGAAACAGUGGAAUUCGAUUGUAAUCACGAUUGAGAAGUCAGCCAUGCCUAUGAAAGAUAUGUGUAUAGGCUGUGCAAGAGGUUUAAUGGCGUAUCCUGAGUGUUACUUUCAUUGCGCCGGUUGAAGUGAGCUGACAGGAUGCCAGCGGGAGAAUGUGUUUUUGGGGCAGGGCCACGUGAGGAAUGGCGAAGGUGAGGGCCGGGCCGGGUGGGAGACUGGCCCUGGUUGGCUUGGAGCCCGUUGAUAACUGCUUGCAGUUCUAGUUUAUUAUUAUUCUUCGCUAAUUCCAUAUGGGCACAGGAGCCAGAAAAUGCCAGAAAAAAUCUGACAUGGCAGUCUAAUAGAAAAUCCUGACCGCUACUCAGCUUCCAAAAUUUGUACACAGAUUCACCUAGUUGGCGCUAAUGCGAAGGUCAAUGCGUUUCAGCUACUAGCUCCCAAACCAUAGGUCCUACAGUCAAAACCUUUAUAUGUGCAUGAACCUUGGAUGAUUCUGCAUGUUUUUUGUAUUGGCCAUGCCCAUUUCCGCCUAACUAGAUUUUUUACCAGAUCGCAAAAAACGUUAAACUUUAAUCACCAAUCCAUCCUUUUUCGUCGAAUCAACUUCAAACUUUGUACAUAUGAUCUAUAGAGCUCCGGACGUCACGUGACUCUCAGAGAGUAGACGCCAUGUUGGCAGGCAACAAAUGUAAACAAAAUGAACAGGAUCGGCUUGGAUUUUACUUCGUCGGAGUUUACUUCACACUUUAAAACUGAAGAAAUCAUUUUAUAUAGUCAGAAAUUAAAUAGACUAAACAUCUCAGACACUUACCGUGCCCCUGGGAUACUUUUUAAAAACUGCCAGAAGCUGUCGGAGUGGACUUCUUACCGGACCUGGCCGGGGAACGCCUUGGGAUUCCCCUGGAGGAGCUGGCCCAAGUGGCUGGGGAGAGGGAAGUCUGGGCCUCUUGACUUAGGCUACUGCCCCCGCGACCCGACUCCAGAUAAGCGGAUGAAAAUGGAUGGAUGGACAAAUAACAUAGAUUUACAUUUUCAAGGAAGAGAGAAGAGACGGAUGAGAAACCUCUGCUCUUACAUUUCCACAACCCUCAAAUGAAAGACGGCGGUGUCCCAACCAGCAGCUUGGCUGGGCAGAUGACAGCAAAAGAUGGUGGAGGAGCAGAAACUAUCAAGAACCUAGAUCUGGACCCUAAUGAAAAGGCAUCUGAUUCUUCAGAGAUUGAAGUUAGUGGAGAAGAUGAAGAUGAUGUGAAUCUAGACUCUGAGCGUUCAGACUCUGGGCCUGAAACUGGAAACGGAGACCAUGGCUGUAAUGAGAACAAGUCUUUGGAGUCAGAUAUUAAGACCGUCAACAAAUCAUUUAGCUGCCCUGUGUGUGGGAUACGGUUCCUCCACAAGUGGUCUCUUCAGAAACAUGUGAGAGUGACAAGUCAUUCAGCAGUAAAGUCUUCAAAGUGUUCGGUUAAUACAAAAUGUGUGAAAGAGAAGCAACAUGGAGGCUCAUGCAGAAAAGUCCAGAAAGAACCAAAAUUAUUUAGUUGUGAUGACUGUGGGAAAAGAUUUAUCCAAAAGUCCAGUUUAACCCGUCAUAUGAGAGUCCACACCGGGCAGAAGCCUUUUGCCUGUGAGCUCUGUGGACAAAGAUUAAGCCAUAAACAUAGUUUAAACACACACAUGAGAGUCCACACAGGAGAGAAGCCUUUUGCAUGUGAGCUCUGUGGAUACAGAUGUGCCCAAAAAGCGCAUUUAAACACACACAUAAAAUUCCACACAGGAGAGAAGCCUUUUGCUUGUGACCUCUGUGAAUACAGAUGCACCCAAAAGGCAAGUUUAAACACACACAUGAAAGUCCACACAGGAGAGAAACCUUUUGCUUGUGAGCUCUGUGGGCAAAGAUAUAGCCGUAAAAAUCAUUUAACCUGUCACAUGAGAGUCCACACAGGAGAGAAGCCUUUUGCCUGUGACCUCUGUGAACACAGAUGUACCCAAAAGGCAAGUUUAAACACACACAUGAGAGUCCACACAGGUUAUAAGCCUUUUGCCUGUGAGCUCUGUGGACAAAGAUUUAGCCAUAAACAUAGUUUAACCAAACACAUGAGAGUCCACACAGGUGAUAAGCCUUUUACCUGUGAGCUCUGUGGACAAAGAUUUUGCCAUAAACAUAGUUUAAACAAACACAUGAGAAUCCACACAGGAGAGAAGCCUUUUGCCUGUGAGCUCUGUGAAUACAGAUCUACCGAAAAGGGAAGUUUAAACACACACAUGAAAGUCCACACAGGAGAGAAGCCUUUUGCAUGUGAGCUGUGUGAAUACAGAUGUACCCAAAAGGCUACUUUAAACACACACAUGAAAGUCCACACAGGAGAGAAGCCUUUUGCCUGUGAGCUCUGUGGGCAAAGAUUUAGCCGAAAGACAAGUUUAAACACACACUUGAAAGUCCACACAGGAGAGAAGCCUUUUGCUUGUGAGCUCUGUGGGCAAAGAUUUAGCCGAAAGACAAGUUUAAAGAGACAUACGAGCAUCCACACCAGUCUCGAGGGAUUUAUUUAACAACCGUACUUCCAAAAGUACUAUUUAGUUUUUUAUACAACCUUAAUAUUAGUGUUGCACCUCUGCUCAACUGUUGUUGAUGAAGUCUGUACUCGGCCCUUGAGCCACCUCUUCUUUUGAUUUUCUUUUUCAAAUAUCCUUUGUUUUUUAAACUCAGACCUUAACUAAACAUUUGAGAUGUUCAUUCAUGAAUUCUGAAUACAAAAAAAUAUUACUUAAAGAUUAAGAAAAAACUGUUAUACCCUCCUGUAUUUAAGAAACAGACAAGAUAACAGACACAUGAUGGUUGUAGUACAUAACUCACUGCAAUUUAAAGCUGUUAGAUACCGGUGGCAUCUGCUUUAAACAAUUUAUAUGUAUAUAAAAUAAUAGCAUACAAUGUUGUAAUAACUGCAGCUUAAAAAGAAUGUGUCUUUAUUCAUUUGGAUCCCCUAAGAAGAAAUCCCACUGUGGGAGCCGAAAGCUGUGUUUGCGUAUGUGAUGUUUUACAUCCUUUUUUCAGCCAAGUUUGACAUCAUUUCCAGUAAGAGAGCUGACCAGAGUGAUGAGAUGCAUGUCCGCACCUCGUGGUCCAGCCGAAAGUAUUAGAUGUUUCCAGUGAAAGGACGUGUUUAUCUGAGUUUGGCCACGAGCAGAUGUUUCCUGCCGGGAAGGAGGGAGAUAAACCGUUUCAAUUCAUGUGUAUGUGUGAGACCCAUUUCCUAAGCUAUGCAGGAGUGACGUCAGUAAAGUAUAAUUGGUCUCUCAUUCGAUGGGAGACGGGCUUUUUGGAGAUCUGCAGCCGAAGACUCUACGCUUUCUGGCUGAUCGCUGUCCUAAAGAUUGGUUUUGUAUUGCUGUACUGUACAAUAAAAGCCCCACGCUGUGAGGACAAACAU